AUGGACCGUCCUCGCCGAAAUGUCCAGACUGGCUUUUCUAGUGUCCUACGGCUGAGUCGAACACCUUUUCCGUCUGUUAGUAGCUAUAUCGCAAUCAGUUUAUUCAUUUCAUUUAUCGCCCUCGCUAACGUCUUGAGUGUAUUCAAGUCUCAACCUGAGAUUCGAGCGCUCUUACGGGAGGAAAUACUAAAUAGCUCUCUAGCGUUCACAUAUGAUUCAAAAAAUUUGGAGUACCUUUCUUCUCUUACUGUUGUUCAACUUCUUCAGUAUAUAAAAGGCAACAGUCCUCUUAUUUGGGUUUCUAUUAACACGUAUUUUGCUCUCCUUGCAAUUCUUGUCAAAUUUUUGGUUAAACUAACGUUUAAAGAGCUUACUCGUCAAGAAGAGGUUAUUGCACGUCACGGCUUCUUAUCCUUCCUCAUGUUCAGCGUCGUAUUUUUGUCUGUUGUGGCCGGUGCUCAUCAGUCCCAUCGAGUCUUACCGUGGCUAAUAUGGUUCGGAAUUAUUGGAUUUAUGACAGUUCUCCAUGAUAUAACGUACCAGCGAUUCAAGUUUGCUUUAAUAUCAUUGCUACGUUCUCUUCACGGCUUAUUGCGCUGUCUAUCGUCAUCUGAACGUUUCGCCCAUAGUCCUGACACUGUGCGUCACUUUAACUAUUGGCUUGAUCUUUCGGUUACUCUUGCUACAGAUGCAAUCCAGCUUUUAAAUUAUACCCAUUUGAUGUUCAUGUCUCCGCUUGGGUUCAAUAUAACGUGUUUCUUUUUUUUCUACCACAUCAAGAAUGCAUACAGUUCAAUUAUAAACACACUUGCUCGACAUCGCAAGCACAAUCAGAUUUUUCUGCAUAUCCAAUCGACCUAUCCAGUCGAAGAGGCCGAAGAAAGGGAUUUAUGCAUUGUGUGUUGGGAGAAACUGGGAUUAUCUCGUCGUUUGCCAUGUGGUCACCAAUUUCAUGAUUGGUGCCUGAUGUGGUGGCUAGCACAAGACGGAUCUUGUCCGACUUGUCGCCGUGCAAUUUCUGCUCCACCUCUAAUGAAUCCGCAGCCAUCCAUAAUCCCUGGUUCAACGACUACUUUUCGAUUUGGCGGAGGGUUUGGAUUCCUUAGACUUCCGUCGUUUUCCAUCGAAUUUUCUACUGGAACAUCUGCCCUAAAUCCGUUUCUCAGGCGACGGACCCAAAACGACGAUUCACAGUUGAUAGGCAUGGCAAAUCAGGUGCAUGAAAUGUUUCCACGGAUAUCAAUUGACGUUAUUAUGGAAGAUCUGCGUAUUAGCGGUUCAUCACAAGCUACUAUAGACAAUAUUUUAGAAGGCCGUAUCGGAUUUAUGGCUGAAAUUGGUGGAAACAAUGAUGAAUUGCGUCCAUGGGGGAUUAACGAGAUGACAGAAGAUAACAACGAGUUAUUGUUCGACGAUGACGAUGACAGUAGUGGUGAUGACGUUGUAUCAUCUUCUGAUUCAACCUUCACAUCCUCUCCACCUCAUCACUCAGCGUCGACUGAUUCUGUCGUCACUCAACCCACUACGGGAGACGCUUUCAAUUCGCGUAUUACAGACUAG